AUGGAUGGCCCGCCGUCGCACGGGAGAGCCUUCGCCUACUACACAUAUGGAGCCGCCUCGUCGCUGCUCCAGUCGCUCGCGCGCGACUACCCGCAGCUUGCGUCUCUCACGACGGCGCAAGAGGCGUAUGGUCUGCGCUCGGCAGGCACAUGCACCGACAGCGCCGGCCACCAGGGCCCUUGCCUCAACCACAUCAUUCAGAUCAGCAACCGCAGCGCAAACGCUGCGGUGCUCUCCGCGCGGCCGCAAAUCUACAUCUCAGGCGCACUGCACGGCGACGAGCAGGUCGGUAUCGUCACCGCGCUCGAGCUGUGCCGGUGGCUCCUCACGCGCUACGCCACCGACGACUGGGUGCGACGGCUCGUGGACACGCGCAUGGUCCUCAUCUCUCCCAUGACAAACGCAGUCGGGUCCGCGACGCGGCGGCGGGACGAGCUGGGCAUCGACCCGAACCGCGAUUUCCCCUUUGACCAGUCGGCGGGCUCGUGCAUGCAGACCGUCACCGCGCGCACCGUCAACGAGAUCUACCGCGCGCACCUGCUGCAGCUCGUCGCGAUCGGGUACAACUGGGGCGCCUACCCGUACUGGCGGGGCGUGCCGAGCCGCUCGCCCGACGACGCUGCGAUGCGGGACGUGGCGGCGGUCAUGUCUCGAUACGCCGGCUCGGGGCGCGUCAACCGCGCGCCGUACCGCUACUCGACGAUGAACGAGAUUGUGUACCCGGUGCACGGAGGGAUGGAGGACUGGGGGUACGCCGCGUCGUGGGACACGUCGCACGUCACGCCGUGCGCGCCGAAAGCCAACGGGGGCUACGCCGCCGAAAAGACGCACUAUGGCCGCGACGCGAUCCGCGCGGUCACCAUCCUGGUCGAGACGUCGGACCAAAAGAUGCCGCCGGCGUCGACGCUGGGGGGGGAGGAGGGCGUCUACGGCGCCGGUGGCCCCGCCGAUGGGCACGUCCCACGCAACAUGCGCCUCGCCCUCGCCUCGAUCGACCUGCUCCAGCCGCACAUCGAGCUGGCCCCGUCUUUGCCUGCCCGGCCCGGCGAGGGUUGCCUCCGCCUGGAGUGGCAGGUCUGGGGCGCCAUCAAGGUGGACGACACAGUCGCCCUCUGGCGCGCGACGCCGACAAGCGCGUGGGAGGAGGUGCCUUUCGUGGCCGCGCCGCCCAGCCGCCGCAAGCUCGCGAGCGCCGUCGGUCCUUCUCACUUCUCGCUUGCCGACGGGCGCGUGCUGGGCGGCGACGGCGUCUGGGCCACCGGCCACUCGCCUUUCUCGCCGCCGACCAUCGCCGGCUGCGCGCGCACGCCUCCCCACGUCGGCUCCGCUCAGCUGGCCGUGUCAGUGCGCGCCGACUCGAGCUGGGCCGCCUCGCCGAGCGGCCAGUUUGCGCCCAAGCUGCCGCCGCAGACGCACUUUGCGCGCGCCCGCUCGGAGUACAAGGCCAAGCACGGAGGCUUCGAGGUGGUCGGGCGAAGCCGGUGGCUGUCUGCGCCGAUCGCGCUGAAUUGCUCCGCCGCUUUCGGCUGCUGCGCUCUCCAGAACAGGAGGUGCUCAAGAUGA